AUGCCAUUUAUGAUUGGAUCAACGCCGCUCAGGCGGACAUAUUACUUCCUGAAACAAGGGAAAAUACACUUCCGAGAUAGUGUGAAGGUUUUUGCUCUUGGAUUUCAUCGCUCACCAACACCUGGCCAGAACGGUGUUAGAGAAUUUGUGUAUUGGCACUGGGCUCAGCUGCAAUAUAAUAAUCCAGAAGUUCAGCUAGUGAAGUUUGUUGAUCGUACACUCGUUCCAUUUGCCUUAGCCUUCUUGGAUGAUGGUCGCGAAAUACUUUUUGACUUGGAGAACAAGACUAGAGAAGAAAUUGUGGAUAGUAUUAACAAGACUGUCGGGAAAACGGAAUUAGUUUUAAAACGAGAACGCUUAGAGAAAGUACAGGAAAAAAAUCCAGCUUCAUUUGGCAGCAAUUAUGUGAGGCAUUGCAUGUGUGAAGUUCAGGGUCAACAUCCAUGCCCAACAUUGUGUGAAAUACCUGAUUAUUUGAGAGGUAACUACAGGUGGAACCAUAAAAACGCUAUUGAAUGA